CGUUUCAGUUGCUUCCUCUUUCGCUCUGAUAGGCUGAUAGUGCGAGAGAGAUAUCUCUCUUUAGGGCACGCCAUGGAGGUCUGCGCUGAAAGCCAGAGGAGUAGUGGCAGUCAAAGACGAGUAGGGAUACUCUACGACGACCGUAUGUGUAAGCACCAUACGCCCGACGGUGAUUACCAUCCCGAAAACCCUAAUCGGAUUCGCGCUAUCUGGAAGAAGCUCCAAAGCGCUCGCAUUCCACAGAGAUGCGUGGUUUUGGACGCCAAAGAAGUAGAAGACAGAUAUGUUUUGUCAGUUCACUCCAAAAAGCACGUGGAUUUGAUAAGGAAUAUAAGCUCCAAACAGUUCGAUUCACGGAGAAAUAGGAUCGCUUCGAAAUUCAAUUCCAUUUACUUGAACGAGGGCUCGUCCGAAGCUGCUUUUCUCUCUGCCGGCUCUGUUAUCGAGGUUGCGGAGAGAGUUGCGAAAGGCGAAUUGAGUUCUGCUUUUGCGAUCGUAAGGCCUCCGGGACAUCACGCCGAGCACAAUGAAGCCAUGGGAUUUUGUCUAUUCAACAAUGUGGCUAUUGCCGCAAAUUUUCUUUUGAAUGAAAGACCAGAGUUGGGAAUUAAGAAAAUCUUGAUCGUUGAUUGGGAUGUACAUCAUGGUAACGGUACGCAAAAGAUGUUCUGGAAGGAUUCUCGUGUUUUAUUCUUCUCUGUUCACAGGCAUGAGUUUGGGAGUUUUUAUCCAGCUAAUGAUGAUGGUUUCUAUACUAUGAUUGGAGAAGGACUCGGUGCAGGAUAUAAUAUUAACGUCCCAUGGGAGAAUGGUCAGUGCGGAGAUGCAGACUAUCUUGCAGUUUGGGACCAUAUAUUACUUCCUGUUGCCAAGGAAUUUAAUCCCGAUCUAGUUAUAAUAUCAGCAGGAUUUGAUGCAGCUGUUGGUGAUCCGUUAGGCGGUUGUUGUGUCACGCCAUAUGGGUACUCAGUUAUGUUGAAGAAGCUGAUGAAGUUCGCCCAAGGAAAGAUUGUACUGGCAUUAGAAGGAGGAUACAAUCUUGACUCUAUAGCAAAUUCAGUGCUUGCAUGUGUGGAAGUCUUGCUAGGCACGCCUAUCAGUGGAUCUUCAGAAGCAUACCCAUUUGAGUCAUCAUGGCGUGUGAUACAAGCGGUGCGCCAGGAAUUAAGUGUUUUCUGGCCAACACUUGCAGAUGAAUUACCAGCCAAGUUAAUUAGUCAAACAGCACCUCUAGCUCCGAAUAUUCUGAUCUUGGGCUCUGAUUCUGAAGUCGAGGAUGACAAUGGUGCAGUAUCAGAAAAUCUUGAGGAGGUUCUUCAGAGUGUUAUACAGCCCCUGUCGAACCUGAAAGUUGAUGAAGAUAGUCAGGAUAAAGUCGCCACUGCUUCCGACACCUGGAGAUUGGAACUUUCAAAGGUUGACAUUUGGUAUGCUACUUUUGGAUCAAAUAUGUGGAAACCAAGAUUCCUGUGCUAUAUUGAAGGUGGACAGGUGGAAGGUAUGAAAAAGCCAUGUUCUGGUUCGACCAAUAAAACUCUGCCGAAGGAAAUUGUCUGGAAGACAUACCCUUAUCGUUUAUUCUUUGGCCGUGAAUCUUCAAGUUCAUGGGGUCCUGGAGGGGUUGCUUUCCUUAAUCCUGAAAGCAAAAUCGAGGAUAAAGCUCACUUUUGCAUGUAUAGAAUCACGUUAGAGCAGUUCAAUGAUGUUCUGCUUCAGGAGAACGAUUCAAGUUACGACAUGACUUCUCCUUUGUUUGAUUUGGCUGCUUUAAUGUCUGUUACAAGCAAGGAGCCCAAUUCUGUAGAGAUUCUGGGGAGGGGUUGGUAUCGAAAUCUUGUUUACUUGGGAAAGGAGCAGGACAUUCCAAUACUGACCAUGACGUGCUCGCAUUCGGAUGUGAAGUGCUUCAAAUCCGGGGAGCUUCCGUUGUGUCCUCCGUGCGAGGCCUACGCAUCCACUUUAAUAAAGGGCCUGGUAGGUGGAGGGAAACUUUCAGAAGAGGAAGCUAUGGCGUACAUACAAGAAGCUUCUAGUAAAUCAUUGUGAUGGCAGUUUCUCUCCUCUCUCGCUCGCAAGUUGUAAAUCCUCUUUAGAACCUCAUGGCGGGAGAGCAUUCUGGGCAUGUAUAUGACUACUGCACAAUCUAGUUAGAGAUACAUUCGUAUGUGGUCACUGAUUCAGUAUUUAUUCACUGGGUUCUUCAUAUUAGCGUCUUUCCACCUCGAAAAGUAAAAAGAAUUUCGUACCUUUCUGUUUCGACUGUUUA